GCUGGUGGAGCUGCUAUCAUGCUGGCGUCGCUGGGACGGUCGGCGGGGCGGCUGUUGCGGAUCGGGACAGGCGCGACCGGGCUGCGGCAUGCGGGCGGUGGGGUGCACAUUGAGCCGCGGUACCGGCAGUUCCCGGAGUUGACGCGGUCGCAAGUGAUCCGGAGCGAGCUCCUCAGCGGCUUCAUGUGGUUCUGGAUCUUGUGGCACUUCUGGCACAAUUCGGACAUGGUGCUGGGCCACUUCCCUUACCCCGACUCUUCGGCCUGGACGGACGAGGAGCUUGGGAUCCCUCCAGAUGACGCGGAAUAGCGCUUCCAUCCACGGGUUCCGGCGUUGCCGGCAGCACACACCGGUACCUGGAACUAGAGAUCUCUGGAACCAAGCUUUGGCUCCUUUGUCCUUACUUCAAUAAAAGUUAACUGUAAACAAAGUCAAGAUAAACUGUACUUUGCUUUUGAGUGCUGUAGGAUUUCUGGAGAUGAUGGGGUAUUUCAGUCUGCUGGAGCUUCUGUAAUAUUUGCUCAAUACAUAAGGUGCUGCACCCUGGAAACAAAGUGAUAGAGCCAUGUUGAGAGAGCAGGUUCCAACUUCCAUGAAUGUACAGUAGGCAAGAGUUCCAUCAUGAAAGCUCUACCAAAUAACCACUAAAAGGGUGAGGAAAAUAAAACUUGUCCUUGUUAGA